GAAACUAAACGCUAAAACGUAGCGUUUUGCUACUUUCAGUUUUUUUUUAUUAAUUAAUUAGUUGAAAGUUUUGCCGUCUCUUCUCUGUCUUUCCGAGUGGCUUGGAUUCGUUUCUGGAAGCAAAGACUCCGACUUUCAAACCGUACGUGGUCUCUCUGUCUCUUUGUCUCUCUCAGCCCUUAUCAAAGAUUUGAAGGCUUUGUAGUGAUGGCAACGAAGAAAGUGAUAGCUAUAUGUCAAGCAGGUGGACAGUUCGUAACUAACAAAGACGGUUUAUUAGUUUACACCAACGGAGACGCUUACGCCAUAGACAUCGAUCAUGAAACGUCAUUGACCGACUUCAGGUCCGAAUUAGCUGAGAAUUUCGGGUUUAGUUGGGAGACGAUGACCCUCAAGUACUUCCUCCCUGGAAACAGGAAGACCCUUAUCACCAUCUCCAAGGAUAAGGACUUUAAACGCAUGGUCAGCUUCUCCGUAGACGCACCUAAUGUCGAAGUCUUUGUCUUACCUGAGGAAUCUAAAGCGAUGAUUGUCUCCAACAUGCCAGCUAGUAGGUCAAGUAGGACAACUGCAUCUGAAGCAGUGGUACCUGUAGUUUCUGCAGGAGAUAUUGUUAUGGGAGACGACAAUGAUGGUGAUAUAACAACUAAUGAUUUUCAGAUCGACAUGGGACCAGUAAUGCCAGACAUAACCAGCCCUUUACCGUGCGAUUUCCUUCUAACCGACGACAAACAACACAUCAAACCCGCACAGCAGUGGGAAAACACCAUCACAGGCGUCGACCAAAGGUUCAGCAGCUUCGCAGAGUUCCGAGAUGCAUUACACAAGUACUCUAUCGCCCACGGGUUCACUUACAAGUACAAGAAAAACGACAGCCACCGCGUCUCGGUCAAAUGCAAAGCGCAAGGCUGCCCCUGGCGCAUCGCCGCGUCGAGGCUCUCCACCACGCAGCUGAUAUGCAUCAAGAGAAUGAACCCGAGGCAUACCUGCGAGAGAGCCGUAGUGAAAGCGGGUUACCGCGCGGCGAGAGGCUGGGUGGGAAGUAUUAUAAAGGAGAAGCUGAAGGCUUCUCCGGACUACAAGCCUAAGGAUAUAGCUGAGGAUAUAAAAAGAGAGUAUGGGAUACAGCUGAACUACUCGCAGGCGUGGAGAGCUAAGGAGAUUGCUAGAGAGCAGCUUCAAGGCUCUUAUAAAGAAGCGUAUACUCAGCUUCCUUUUCUUUGCGAGAAGAUUAAAGAGACUAACCCUGGUAGCGUUGCAACGUUCGUGACUAAAGAAGAUUCGAGCUUCCAUCGUCUCUUCAUAUCGUUCUACGCUUCUAUAAGUGGGUUUAGACAAGGCUCUCGCCCUCUACUCUUCCUUGACAGUGUUGUCUUAAACUCUAAGUACCAAGGGGUUAUCCUUGUUGCUACAGCUCCUGACGCAGAAGACGGAGCGUUUCCAGUAGCGUUUGCGGUUGCAAACACCGAGUCAGAAGAGAACUGGGUUUGGUUCUUGGAGAGUCUCAAAUCAGCGUUGGCUGAUUCACGGAGAAUCACGUUCGUUGCGGAUUUUCAAAACGGUUUGAAGAAUGCUUUACCUCUAGUGUUCGGUGACGAGCACCACCAUCACGCCUAUUGCCUGCGCCGCCUCGCGGAGAAGCUGAACACUGACUUGAAGGCUCAGUUCUCUCACGAGGCGAGACGGUUCUUGCUCAACGACUUCUACGCAGCUGCUUACGCCACGCGUCCUGAAGGAUACUACAGUUCCUUGGAGAAUAUAAAAAACAUUUCUCCUGAUGCUUGCGCUUGGGUUGUGGAGAGUGAGCCUCACCGUUGGGCGAACGCUUUGUUCGAAGGAGAGAGGUAUAACCACAUGAACUCCACUUUUGGUUUGGAUUUCUACAGCUGGGUCACUGAAGCGCACGAGCUGCCUAUAACUCAAAUGAUAGAUGAGCUGAGAGCAAAGCUGAUGCAAACGAUCUACACGCGGCAGGUGCAGUCCAGGGAGUGGGCUGGGACGGUGCUGACACCAAGUAACGAGGAGAAGCUACGGAAAGAGAUAGAACUUGCUAGGUCGCUUCAGGUGUCACGGCCUCACGAUAGCUUAUUUGAGGUUCACGGUGAAUCUAUCAACGUAGUUGAUAUCGAUCAGUGUGAUUGUGACUGUAAGGUGUGGAGAUUGACUGGUUUACCGUGUAGCCACGCGGUUGCGGUGAUUGAGUGCAUUGAGAAAAGCCCUUAUGAGUACUGCUCUAGAUACUUGACCUCGGAGAGUUACAGGUUGAUGUAUGCUGAGUCUAUUAACCCUGUCCCUAACGGAAUGACGAUGGCGGAGGAACAGCGUAUUGAAGGGGUUGUUUCAGUGACGCCGCCGCCUACGAGGAGGACACCGGGGAGACCAAAGAGUAAGCAGGUGGAACCGGUAGACAUGAUCAAGCGUCAGCUUCAGUGUAGCAACUGCAAGGGGUUAGGACACAACAAGAAGACUUGCAAAGCUGGGUCCCAGGUACAGACGGAGAGACAGGAUUAAGACAAAACAUAGUUAUGGUUAGCUGAUUUUGCCCAACAUUUUGGUUUUUUUCCCUGUAGUUGUUGGUUUAGUAGUGUCAAAGGUUGUGAGACCAGCACAUAAUCUAUGUUUUUAGUUGGCAUUAAACUUGAUGUAGUUCACAUUUUUGUCAUAGAUUUUUGGAAUUACAGUCCAUAUUAAACAA